GCUACGAGUGCGCACGAACACGGACGAUAUGACACGAACUCUCAGCGUUGUCUGGUUGUCUUCUGUUUUUUGUUUUACGUUAGCCACGAGUUGGCGGUGUACUAUUAGUAAUUGUGCGUCUGUAGCAGUGCCUGAAAGAAUACGGGGACGGGUUGAAUAAGUUACCAUGCCUUGAUGCGACUGAUAUAUGUAGUUGAGUCGUGCUGUCACAUGCGUGUGUGCUGCUGACUGAAUAAAUAAAUACAGUAGGAUGUCGGAAGAUAAAGAUUAUGGGGUGCCCAUAAAGCACGAUCCUGACUUCAGAGGGCCUCUGAAGCGUCGCUCAUGCACGGACGUGAUCUGUCUGUUGCUGUUCCUAGUCUUCCUAGCCUGCUGGGGGUUCGUAGCUUACCUUGCGUUUCGUAAUGGCGACCCUUCCCGAUUACUGAAGCCAACAGAUUCACGAGGUCGCAAGUGUGGGCUUGAUCAAGGCGUGGAGGAUAAGCCCUACUUAUUUUUUUUUGAUCUCACCAAGUGUGUGCACAUCGAUGUUCUUGCUACCGGCUGCCCGACACCUCAGGUGUGCGUGGCGACGUGUCCCAGCGUCACUCACUUGGAAGAAUGCACGGAUCCUGCAAAAUGUGCAUCGUAUUUGAUCUGCCGGCCGGGCAUCGUUGUGGACAGCAGCACAACGCCCCAACGUCUUCAAGAGCUGUACAACAACGAGGAUUGUGCUCGCAUAUAUUUUGAAAGUACCCCAGUCUUGGGCCGCUGUAUACCGUCGGGCAACUUGAGUCAGCUCAACGUCCCCGGUGACUUGGCGAUAGGCGUCAAGCAUGUGCUCUCUCUAGCCAAUGCCAAGGAGAUCGGCCACAUGGUGGUCCAGGACAUGAGCAGCAGCUGGCCGUGGAUCGUGGGGGCUCUCUGCGUGGCCAUGCUCGUGUGCUUCCUCUACAUCGUCCUCAUGCGGUGGUUCGCCGGCCCGCUGGUGUGGGUGUCGCUGGCCGGCGUCGUGGUGCUGCUGUCCUACUGCAUAUACGCGUCGUACGCGAAGUUCGCCAGCCUGCGGGACAGCCCCUUGGGGCAGGAGGAGAUGGACAGGCUGGGCACCGUCGACUCGCUCCUGGCCACCAAGGCCACCUGGAUGGUGUUCCUGGUCGCGUCCGCCUCCGUCCUGGCGGUCGUCCUCUUGAUCCUGCUGUUCCUGCGCAAGAGGAUCGUGGUCGCCAUUGCCCUCAUCGAGGAGGGCAGCAAGGCGGUGGCUAGCAUCUCGUCGUCGCUGGUGUUCCCGCUGGCCCCGUGGGUGCUGCAGUGCGUCGUCCUGGUCUUCUUCGUGGUCGUGGUGCUGUACCUGGCGUCCAGCAGCGACCGGGUGUUCAAGGUCACCGGCCUCAACUCCACCUUGUGCACCUGCAACGUCACCAAUGGCGACGUGUGCGACUACAACUCCUUCGCGCCGGACUGCCGCGCUGCCGGCGGCGCUGGCGGCUGCUCCGCCGGUGCUUCGCCGGACUGCCAGUUCUACGGUUACCGGACACCGAACUACGUCAGCUACCUGCACGCUGUCAACGUGUUCGGCCUGUUCUGGGGCCUGGCGUUCGUGUCGGGCCUGGGCCAGAUGGUGCUCGCCGGGACGUUCGCCUCGUGGUACUGGACGUUCCACAAGUCCGACGUGCCCUACUUCACAGUCACUGGAAGCCUCUUGCGCACGCUCAGGUACCACACGGGCACGGUGGCAUUCGGCUCGCUCAUCCUGGCCAUAUGCCAAGCGAUACGAGUCGUGCUGGAGUACCUGGACCGCAAGCUGAAGACGUACGACAACGCGUUCGCGAGGGCCGUCAUGUGCUGCCUUCGCUGCUUCUUCUGGUGCCUCGAGAAGUUCAUCAAGUUCAUCAACCGCAACGCCUACAUCAUGUGCGCGGUGCACGGCAGGAACUUCUGCCGCUCAGCCAAGGACGCUUUCAACCUGCUCAUGAGGAACAUUGUCAGGGUGUUUGUGCUGGACAAGGUCACAGAUUUUUUGCUGUUCCUUGGAAAGCUCAUGAUCACUGCCGGCAUGGUGGCUCUGUCGUUUUUUGUAUUUGACGGCACAAUCAACGUCCCCAAUUUAGACGUGCCACGUUUAAACUACUACUUACUUCCAGUUAUCAUAGUUGGAGUAGCAACGUACUGCAUCGCUUGCUUAUUUUUUAAUGUUUACUCGAUGGCCAUCGAUACACUGUUCCUCUGUUUUCUGGAAGAUUGCGAACGGAAUGAUGGCUCCCCAGAGAAGCCAUACUUCAUGCCGAAGUCGCUGAGGAAAAUCCUUCACAAACACAACAAAACUCACCACGAGUAAUAAUCACAAAGUUUUUUAUCUAGUCAAAGCUAUUACAAGUUAACAAAGACUGAUUUUUACUACAGGAAGGCUGUAAAAUUUGAAUUGAGUCAACCAAAAAUGUUAGGCCAAAUAGCUAUGUAUAUGUAUAUUUUGUUUAUUUUAUAGUUCAUUUGGAUGUUAUGAAUCCAAAAAAAUGUAUUACCGUUUUUAUGUUAAGGCUGUAGUAGUAAGGUGUUGGUUAUUUGUAAAUUGUUUUAUCAGUGUUUGUAUAUUAGUGAUAACUAUGUAAAAAGGUUUGAAAAGUAAUACCAUAAAGUAAUGUAUGGUAACUUGUGCUCAUACACGGGGGAGGGGAAAUUAUAUGAUCCCCCCCGACCUAUAAAAUAAUUAUUCAUGUCCAUCAAAAAUGGAAAUAAUUUGAAAGCAAGCAGUGGUAAAAGUAGUUUGAUGCCCGCCCGAAAUGAAAUUGUGCAUGUGAUUGUGUAUUAGAAAGAGUAAUAUGUGAUUACACCGCACAACAAACAGAGAGGUUCGUGCUCUGCACACAGACUCCGCGCUGCUGGAUAACUGUUUGGGUCUGAUCCAGGUGCGAGCAUUGAGGACAGGGAAUUAAAAUGAGCCAUGAGCAGAAAAAUCAAGCACAAUGUGAAUAAUGAAAUGAAUAAAUAACCAUAACCAUUAAAAGUUUUAGUUUAAAGUUGAGUGGUAAUGACCAAUGAGCGAAAACAAAUUUGUCAUUCACAUACAGUGAAUGUAGAGUUAUAGCUUGGGUGAUGCAGUCAUAAAAUAGAAGCCAUGAGCCGGGGUGAUGCAGUCAUAAAAUAGAAGCCAUGAGCCCCCAAUAAUUUACUUCGGUUGGCACCAUUGAUACUUCAUAUACAUAUUACAAAAACUUAUAGUAUAUUGAUGGCCACCUUGUCUUUAGUUGUAAAUACAGGUUACCUACUAUGUACCUUAGUGUAGCACUUAGGUUUUACAUUUUUCUAACUAAAAUUAAGAAUUUUUAUUCAAGUGCAGUAAUGGAAUUUUAUAGGUACCAUACUUAUUGUUGAUUUUUUUUGCUAUAUUUUAUGUAUUGUACCUAAUGUAAUAUUAGAGAAAAUUAAAGUUAUAAUUUUUGUGUU